GUAAUUGUUUUGGCAUUAAUGGUUAUACAUUUAUUUGGUUUGAUGGGGAUUCUUGGUAUUCGCUUAAGUGCUAUUCCAGCUGUAAUUCUGAUAGUAGCUGUUGGCAUUGGAGUGGAAUUUACAACUCACUUUACCAUGAUUGUUGGUGGAAUAACAAGAAAUAGAACAGGUCACAUAAUAAAGGCAGAAGCAUUGCAAACUGUGGUUCAACUAAUGGCUGAAAAAGAAAUGUAUGAAUUCUGGCAAGAUACUUAUAAAGUACAUAAUAUAGACUGGACUCCAGACAAAGCUAAAAUGGUUUUAGAAACAUGGCAAAGGAAAUUCACAGAGGCAGUGCUAAAACAAGCUACGAAUGCUAAUAAUACAAAAAAUCAUAAUAUAAAUGCAUUCUCGUCAACAUCUCUUACUGAUAUCAUGCAAGACUUCUCAGAAGUUAGUGUUACAAGACUUGCACUUGGAUAUAUUUUAAUGUUGGUAUAUGCUUGUGUUUCAUUACUUCAAUGGACAGAUGCAGUAAAAUCACAGAGUGGGAUUGGUAUUGCUGGAGUUUUACUUGUAGCUAUAACAGUAGCUGCAGGAUUGGGUUUUUGUGCAAUUAUUGGUAUCUCUUUUAAUGCAUCUACCACACAGAUUGUUCCUUUCCUUGCAUUAGGAUUAGGAGUUGAUGAUAUGUUCUUACUGGCUCAUACUUAUGGAGAGAAUGCCAACAUUCAUAUAUCAGCAGAAGAGCAAACUGGACAGUGUUUAAAACAAACAGGAGUCAGUGUGUUAUUAACAUCAUUUAGUAACAUGUGUGCAUUCUUUGCAGCAGCAAUCAUUCCAAUACCAGCUCUAAGAGCAUUUGCAUUGCAAGCUGCCAUCCUAGUCAUUUUCAAUGUUGCAGCAAUGCUAUUGAUAUUUCCAGCAAUAGUUAGCUUGGAUUUGAGAAGAAGAAGAAAUAAUAAAAUGGAUAUCUUUUGCUGCUUCAAUGGACAUAAUCAAAUUUCUCCAAUAAAAACUUCUGAUCGGAAAAAAGAUUUAAUUUAUAAUAAUACUCAAAUACAUCAAAUUGUUACACAUGCGCUUCCACCUGAUCUUAGUCAUGCUAUAACUGUUCUGGCUCCUCCCAUGCCUAAACAACCCAUUACUUGCUGGACAGAAAAUUCUGUAGCUUCAUCAAUUGAAAAUCUAUCAACAACAAAUUCUACAUCUACAAAAGAACUUAUUGCUGUAAAAUUAAAACAAUCUUUAAAAGAACGUGUCAGUUAUCUUUGUUUUCAUGCUCAGCAGGAUUCUUGGUCUUUAGCAUGGUUUGCAACUCAUAUUUAUGCACCAUUUUUACAAAAGACAUCAACAAAGGUUUUGACUAUAGUCCUGUUUUUGAUUGCAGUAAUAGCAAGUAUUUGGGGAAUGUUAUCUGUUGAUGAUGGUUUAGAUUUAACUGAUAUUGUACCACGAAAUACAAAUGAAUACAAAUUUCUAAGUGCUCAAAGUAAAUAUUUUGGAUUUUUCAAUAUGUUUGCUAUAACUCAAGGAAAUUUUGAAUAUCCAACCAAUCAAAAAUUGUUAUAUGAAUACCAUGAAGCAUUUACAAGAAUAGACAAAAUAAUUAAAAAUGAUGACGGAGGUCUUCCUGAUUUUUGGCUAGCAAUAUUCCGAGACUGGCUAUCUGGUAAUUCUAAUUAUCGUUUAAUUUAA